CUUUCUUUAUGUUUCAAAACGCCAAAGGGAAAGCCAAAUCUUCCUCUUUUUAUUUUCUCUCACACCGAAAAUAAAAACAUGGCCCCAAACACCAGACAGCACUCAGCGAAAAGCGCGUCGAAAGAUUCCAGCAUUGGAGUAUUGCACGACAAUGAUAAAAGCGUCAAGAAACGUGCGUCCGCUUAUGGCAUUCAAGCUGAAGAUUCAGAAACGGAGAAAUUGCAACUUACGGCAACACAAGACGCGUCAGUUAAGUACUCUCCAGCACAAGUGGAAGGAGUUCAAGCAGUCAGUAUAGUAUCGCUCGGAGAAGUCAGCGGCUGUCAAAACAAAAUUAGCCCGACCAGUAUCACGGAGGCGGCACUUGCAACUACAAAGACGCGUCUUUGCCGACAGGGCAGCGUUAUUGAAAGCGGCUCGGUGCUAGAUGAUUCUGAAGAGCAGGAAACGUCAGGAGCAUCAUCGGGAACAAACGACGUUGCCUCUGAGAGGGAUGAACAGGAAACCGAUGAAGAGUCAGGAAUUUGCACCAAGGACGACGCAGGAAGCAGUUGGGAAGAAAGCGUAUCCGAAGCAACUGAUUCAGAAGACGACUCAGUAAGCAACUGGGAGAGCGGCACAGAAAGCAACACAGAUGAUUCAAAAGGGGAGCACUCAGAAGAUUCUCAUGAACAUGCUGUCAAACGCAGUGCAAAGAGUCGUGAUAAAUCAAAGAAGAUGGCCAAAUCGCAACCAGUUACAAAUUUUUCAGACCGAAUCCGUCGUGUUCUUCGCUCAAAGCGUAUUCAAAACAACUACCGAUCGCAUGAUGGCAGCAGGUACCAACGGUCCACCGGCAUAUCAACACGCCCGAACAAUCAUUCGGACGCUGCUCAAAGCGACUCGGAAAACGGCUCAGAAAGUGAAUGGGAGAGUGACUCAUCAUCAAGCAGCUUGGAUUCAGAUGAUUCUGAUGACGAGACUACGCCGUUGAGACAGCGUGCAAGUACUUCCAACUCUUCCGCUGAAAACGCGACUGCAUCUCCAAAACAAGAUCGGUUCUACUGCCCAUACAGAGGGUGUGCGUUAUCAAGGAACAGGCAAAAUCUUCUCAAUACGCAUAUGAGGGAGGAGCAUUUUCCCGGUCUGGUCCAUAUGAGAGGAAGCCGUUUCCGCAGAAACAUUUUCAAAACUACUUGGGGACAGGUUAUCCCGUUUGAUGAGAGCUCGUGCGAUCUACUUGAAGAUGGCGAAGAAAUGGUGGUGGAAAGCAAUGUUUCUUCAGAAUUUCAUUGCCCCUACAAGGGGUGUAUUGCAACAUUCACAAAGCUGUUGUCUACUUAUUACCAUAUGCGGACCACACAUAAAGCCAUUAUCCCCCGUCUUAAUAAUAGCGGCGAAUGUGAACACGUUUUCAAAAAUCCUUCUGGGCAAGUUAUAAACUUUGAUGAAAGCUCCCGUAACAUGCUCAGCGACGAGGACACUGUUUCAAUCGAGAGAUUCAUGAAAGGCGUUGCUGAUGAUCGUGCAUACUACUGCUGUCCGUAUAAGGGAUGCAUUUAUAAAAGUAACAAGCGUAAAUUAACACACCUGCAUAUUCGCAAACGGCAUGACGAAUCGUUCAAAGUGAAAACCAGCUCCUCUCUAACACUCAAAGCUCCAUCAGGGAGAGAAAUACAUCUUGAUGAAACUUCGAAAGAUUUGAUCAGUGAAAGUGAGCAAAUUGUCGUUUACAGAAGAAAAAGCAGAAAAGGCCCGUUCUACUGUCCAUAUAAAAGUUGCGACUAUACAUCAUCAAAACGUCUUACCCUAUACCUCCAUAUCCGAGAGUACCACGAUGAGACUUUUGCUCAUGGCGGCUAUAAUUCAUAUCUUGACCCGUCUAGAAAACGGAUAACCUUUGAUGAGGAUUCCAAAAAUUCAAUCGAUGAAAACGAAUGCAUUAAGUGAUCAGUACAACAAGAAAAAAGGGAGGUGGAGAGCUUCGCUAUUAUUGCCCAUAUAAAGGCUGCGAUUAUCCAACAGUGCAACUUGAUACACUCUA